GACGCGGUACAUCAGUACGGAGCUGGGCAUCCGGCAGCGGCUCUUUGUGGGCGUGCUCACCUCCAAGAGCACACUGAACACGCUGGCUGUGGCCGUGAACCGCACUCUGGGGCAUCGGCUGGAGCGGCUAGUGUACUUCACGGGCACACGGGGCCGCAAGGUGCCACACGGCAUGAUGGUGGUGACACAUGGCGAUGAGCGGCCCAUCUGGAACAUGUACCAGACCAUCAAAUACAUGCUGGACCACUACGUGGGCGACUUCGACUGGUUCUACCUGGUGCAGGAUGACACCUACACUGAGGCCCAUCGCGUCAGCCGCCUGGUCGCCCACCUCAGCAUCGACACCCUCGUCUACCUGGGCCGGCCUGAGGAAUUCAUUGGGAGCGACACCGAGGGUCACUACUGCUAUGGUGGCUUCGGCUACCUGCUCUCCCGUAGCCUGCUGCUGCGCCUGCAGCCCCACCUGGAGAAUUGCCGCAAUGACAUCCUGAGCGCCCGGCCCGACGAAUGGCUGGGGCGCUGCAUCAUCGACUACACGGCCAUCAACUGCAUGGAGGAGCAUGAGGGCCUGCGGUACCAGUACUUUGAGCUGGGGAAGAACACGGACCCGGAGCGGGAGAGCGACCCCCGUUUCCAGAGCGCGUUCACUGCUCAUCCUGUGCUGGACCCUGUCCAGAUGUACAGGUUGCACAAACACUUUGCCCAGGUGGAGCUGGAGAGGACCUACCAGGAGAUCCAGCAGCUCCAGCUGGAGAUCCAGAACACCAGCAGCCUGUCUGCGGACGGAGACCACAGUGCCACGUGGCCUGUCGGCAUCACACCCCCGUUCCAGCCCAAGACGCGCUUCGAGGUGCUGCGCUGGGACUACUUCACGGAGGAGCAGUUGUACUCGUGCGUGGAUGGCUCCCCCAAGUGCGAGCUGCGUGGCGUGGACAUGGCUGACGUGGCCGACGUGGUGGCCAUGGCCAUGGAGGAGCUGAACCGCAAGUACCAGCCUGUGUUGCACAUCCGCAAGCAGCAGCUGGUGAACGGGUACCGGCGCUUCGACCCCACGCGGGGCAUGGAGUACACGCUGGACCUGCAGGUGGAGGUGGUGACGCAGAAGGGGCACAGCCGCUCAGUUGUCAAGCGCGUGCACCUGGUACGCCCCCUCAGCGAGGUGGAGAUCAUCCCCAUGCCCUACGUGACUGAGGCCAGCCGCAUCAACAUCAUCCUGCCGCUGACGGCGCAUGACCGGGACCAUGCUAGCCACUUCCUGGAAGUGUACGCAGCAGCCGCCUUCGAGAGCAGUGAGAACGCUGUGCUCACCUUCCUCUUCAUCUACGACCCCUUCGAGGCCCAGCAGGUGGCACAGAAUGACGUCUUCGCCCCGGUCAAGGCCAGGAUCGCUGAGUACGAGCGCAAGUACGCCGAGGUGAAGAUCCCUUGGAUCAGCGUCAAGACAGACGCGCCCUCCCAGAUCAAGGUCAUGGACAUCAUCUCCAAGAAGCACCCCGUGGACACGCUUUUCUUCGUGGCCAGCGUGGACACCGAGGUCACCACCGACUUCCUGAACCGCUGCCGCAUGAACACCAUCAACAGCUGGCAGGUCUUCUUCCCAAUCCACUUCCAGGGCUACAACCCGGCCAUCGCCUACCACAACCAGGUGCCACCUGCCGCCCUGGAUCUGAUGCGGGACGCUGGGCGCUUUGACCGAGACAUCUUCCACGAGGCCUGUUUCUACAACGCUGACUACAUGGCAGCGCGCACCCGCAUGGCAGGCGACGCACAGGAGAACGAAGACAUCUUGGAGACCCUGGACAUCUACGACAUGUUCAUCAAGUAUUCCAACCUGCACGUCUUCCGGGCCAUGGAGCCCGCCCUGCUGCAGCGCUACCGGCAGCAUGUCUGCAACCCCCGCCUCAGCGAGGAGAUCUACCACCGCUGCAUGCAGAGCAACCUGGAGGGGCUGGGCUCCCGCUCUCAGCUGGCCAUGGUGCUCUUUGAGCAGGAGCAGGGCAACAGCACCUGAGCUGCAGGAGGGGCUGGCU